AUUUUCAUCUUCCUUUUCUCGAUCUAGAGGAAGGAACAGUUUGAUACUUAUACGUAACCAUAAAUCUAUACAUGUACAGAAGUGUAGUUCAUAACUAUUAUAUUGUUUUGAUCGGAAUUGAGUAAUCAAAUGGCAUCGGAGCAGUUGAUGCCCAGCGGAGGGAGUGGAUCCCAUUACGUCCAAAUGCAAUCGGAGCCGUCGAGGUUGUCAUCCUUUUUCUCCUUUCAGCAAAACCCGCCUGAGGCAACUCGAAUUUUCGAUGAGUUGCCCAAGGCCACAAUUGUACAAGUAUCUCGUCCCGACGCCGGUGAUAUUAGCCCCAUGCUUCUUUCUUACACUAUUGACUUCCAGUACAAACAGUUCAGGUGGCAAUUAGUGAAGAAAGCUUCACAUGUAUUUUAUCUACAUUUUGCAUUGAAGAAACGGGCCAUUAUUGAGGAAAUUAAUGAGAAACAAGAGCAGGUUAAAGAAUGGCUUCAAAGCCUAGGAAUAGGGGACCACCCAGCAGUUGUGCAUGACGAUGACGAUGAACCUGAUGAUAAUGUGAUGACAUCAAAUAAUGAGGGAAGUGUUAAAACCAGGUGAUUUUUUGUUCAGAGAUGUUCCAUCAAGUGCAGCCCUGCCAAUGAUACGCCCAGCACUUGGAAGGCAACAUUCCAUGUCAGAUCAAGCAAAGACAGCAAUGCAGGAAUACUUGAAUCAUUUUCUUGGGAAUCUGGACAUUGUGAAUUCGAGAGAGGUUUGCAAGUUUAUGGGGGCUUCUAAGUUAUCCUUUUGUCCAGAGUAUGGCUCCAAGCUAAAAGAAGAAUAUGUAUUGGUGAAGCAUUUAGCAAAGAUUCCAAACAGUGAUGAUGACAGAAAAUGUUGCACUUGUAACUGGUUCAAUUGCUGUAAUGACAGUUGGCAAAAGGUAUGGGCUGUACUGAAACCUGGAUUCCUUGCCCUGCUAAAAGAUCCAUUUGAUGCUGAGCCAUUAGACAUCAUUGUGUUUGAUGUUCUACCUUCGUCAGAUGGGAAUGGAGAAGGUCGAGUAUCAUUAGCGAAAGAAAUCAACGAGCAUAAUCCCUUACGACAUUCGUUUAUGGUAUCAUGUGGAAACCGAAGCAUCGCGAUAAGAAGUAGAAAUAAAUCUAAAGUUAGGGACUGGGUUGCUGCAAUUAAUGAUGCUGGACUCCGGCCUCCCGAGGGUUGGUGUUAUCCUCAUCGUUUUGGUUCAUUUGCUCCACUUCGUGGCCUGACAGAUGAUGGCAGCCAGGCUCAGUGGUUUGUCGAUGGUCGAGCAGCAUUUGAAGCAAUUGCUUUGGCAAUUGAAGGGGCAAAAUCUGAGAUAUUUAUUUGUGGGUGGUGGCUGUGUCCAGAACUGUAUUUGCGACGUCCUUUUCAAGCGCAUGCGUCCUCUCGCCUUGAUGCUUUGCUGGAGGCAAAAGCCAAGCAAGGUGUUCAGAUUUACAUCCUCAUGUACAAAGAGCUUGCUCUUGCGCUUAAAAUUAAUAGUGUAUAUAGUAAGAAAAAGCUGGUUGCCAUCCAUGAGAAUGUCAGAGUUCUUCGUUUUCCAGACCAUUUCUCUAGUGGUGUCUAUCUAUGGUCCCACCAUGAGAAAUUGGUCAUUGUUGAUAACGAGGUUUGCUUUAUUGGUGGACUUGAUCUUUGCUUUGGUCGUUACGACUCAUAUGAACACAAAGUGGGUGAUGAUCCUCCUAUGUUUUGGCCUGGAAAAGACUACUAUAACCCCCGGGAAUCUGAACCAAAUUCGUGGGAAGAUACGAUGAAGGAUGAGCUUGAUCGUAAAAAAUAUCCUCGUAUGCCAUGGCACGACGUCCAUUGUGCCUUAUGGGGACCACCAUGUCGUGAUGUUGCUCGACACUUUGUUCAGCGUUGGAAUUAUGCAAAGAGAAAUAAAGCUCCCAAUGAGCAAGCUAUUCCAUUACUUAUGCCCCAGCAGCACAUGGUGAUCCCACAUUACAUGGGCAACAAUAGAGAACCAGAGGUUGUAAAUUCGACGUUUCUGGAAACUCAUAAAGUAAUCAACAGAAAGGAUUCUUCUUCCUCUGGAUCUUCUGAAGACAUCCCAUUGCUAAUCCCUCAAGAGGCUGAUGGGUUGGAUGCUUCCAGUGGACAAUUGAAAUUGAAUGGGUUGAAUGAUUUUCAUGGUCAGCCAAGUAGGCCUUCAAGGACUUCCUUUUCUUUUCGGAAAUCCAAAGUUGAACCUUUAGUUCCAGAUAUGCCAAUGAGAGAUUUCGUGGAUGAGCGAGAUACCUUGAAUCUUGAGCAAGAAUUGUCCUCUGAUGUAGCAAUGCGUCCUGGCAUGAAAUCUUCUGAUAAAGAAUGGUGGGAGACCCAGGAGCGAGGCAACCUAGUUGUUUCUGCAGAUGAAACAGGACAAGUUGGUCCUCGUGUUGCAUGUCGCUGUCAGGUUGUAAGGAGUGUCAGUCAAUGGUCUGCUGGGACAAGUCAAGUUGAAGAGAGCAUUCACAAAGCUUACUGUUCCCUUAUUGAGAAAGCUGAACACUUUGUCUACAUUGAGAACCAAUUCUUCAUCUCAGGUCUAUCUGGAGAUGAGAUCAUCCGAAAUCGUGUGUUGGAAUCCAUAUCCAGGCGUAUUGUGAGGGCAUAUCAGGAAAAACAGUAUUUUAGGGUCAUUAUUGUUAUACCACUCUUACCUGGCUUCCAGGGUGGUCUUGAUGAUGUUGGCGCAGCAUCUGUUAGAGCCAUUAUGCAUUGGCAGUAUCGAACAAUAUCAAGAGGACACAAUUCUAUAUUGCAGAAUCUCUCUGAUCUUCUUGGUCCAAGAGUUCACGACUACAUAUCUUUCUACGGUCUCAGGGCUCAUGGUAGACUUUCUGAUGAUGGUCUUGUCGCCUCCAGUCCGGUGUAUGUGCAUAGCAAGGUUAUGAUAGUUGAUGACAACACAGUCUUGGUUGGAUCUGCUAAUAUCAAUGACAGGAGUUUGCUCGGAUUACGAGAUUCUGAGAUUGGAGUCCUAAUUGAAGAUAAGGAAGUAGUUGAAUCUUGCAUGGGAGGCAACCCAUGGAAGGCCGGAAAAUUUGCCUUGAGUCUUCGCCUUUCACUAUGGUCUGAACACCUUGGUCUUCAUAGCACAGAGAUAAGUAAAAUAGCCGAUCCAGUGAUUGAUUCUACCUACAAAGAUAUAUGGAUGGCAACUGCAAGGACAAAUACCAUGAUCUACCAAGAUGUCUUCUCUUGCCUCCCUAACGAUCUUAUACAUUCCAGAGCAUCUUUAAGGCAAUGCGUGGCUGAGAGAAAGGGAAAACUGGGACAUACCACCAUCGAUCUAGGAGUAGCCCCGGAGAAUCUUGAAUCUUAUGAAGAUGGAAGUGUGAAGGGAAUGGAACCUAUGGAAAGAUUAGAAGCAGUGAAGGGGCAUCUGGUUUCUUUCCCUACGGAUUUUAUGUGCCAAGAAGAUUUAAGACCCAUGUUCAAAGAAAGCGAGUAUUACGCAUCGGCUCAAGUUUUUCACUGAUCUCUUCCGAUGAAUCCAGUAUAUAUUAUACAUGCGGGAUACCAUCCAGCAACACGGUUAUGCCUAUUUUUGGCACAAAACCAAAAACCGAAGACACAAGCAUUGUGCUCUCCAUAAUCUACAUUCUAUUGGGACUUGAUGUUAUUGUAAAUAUCUGUUGCCUAUCUUACCUACUCUUGGCAAGUUGCAGCAUGCAAUCUGAACCGAGUUGGCUCACAAGACUAAACCAGAUUGUGACCUUUUGUCGCACCCAGGGCAUAUUCGCUUGUGAUUGGCAGUCUGUGGUGAUCCAAUUGGGUUCAAGUGGCUAGAGGGGUUCGGUUCUUUUGGGGUUACGGUUGAUGGCUGGUUUUGAAUUACAUCUCUAUUACAUAUCUCAAAGAGAGUUGAAUUAAAGUUGGUCCAUGGACACAGCCUACAGGUUGCAACUCUUGUAAAACUUCAAAUUUACUAUGAAUUUGAACCACAACACAACAACAAAACUCUCAUCUUUAAUUAACAUACAUUAUACAGUGUUUGUAUUCAUAUAAAUAAGGGCCCUUCUGUUAGGAGCUUAAUGUGACUCGCAACUUAUUUGGUUAGCUAUAUAUGACUGUUUG